GGUCGAGUCAGUCUGCCCCUGGCCUGGCCCUUUAUCGGGACGGGACGCAUUUAACCGUGAGCGUGAUCGUGAUCGUGAGCGUUGCAGUUGAGCAGGUGCAGGUGGCUACCCCCCGCUGCCACCGUGACGUACAGCGAUGAGAGUGAAGAGGGAGCGGCCGGGCCCGCUGCGCUGGCUGCGCCACCUGCUCGACCAGCUCCUGGUGCGAGUCCUCAGCCUGAGCCUCUUCCGCGCGCGGUGCCAGCCCGAAGAUCCUCCUGCGGACAGCUUUCCCGAGCCGGAAAUAACAGACGUUGCAAAAUACGUGCCCAUUCCAAGGGUUAAGGGGUUGCCGAUGGUCGGGACCCUACUGGAUCUAAUUGCCGCCGGUGGAGCCACUCACCUUCAUAAAUAUGUUGAUGCCCGGCACCGGCAGUAUGGACCGAUCUUCCGGGAGCGGUUAGGUGGCACUCAGGAUGCAGUGUUCGUAUCGUCAGCGAAUCUGAUGCGCGGAGUCUUCCAGCACGAGGGUCAGUAUCCCCAGCAUCCGCUACCGGAUGCCUGGACGCUGUAUAACCAACAGCAUGCCUGCCAACGUGGUCUGUUCUUCAUGGAGGGCGCCGAGUGGCUGCACAACCGACGCAUACUUAAUCGCCUGCUGCUCAACGGAAAUUUGAAUUGGAUGGACGUGCAUAUUGAGAGCUGUACCAGACGGAUGGUGGAGAAGUGGAGAAAACAAACGGCAGAGGUAGCUGCUGUUCCGGCAGAGGAGGGUGGCGAGACCCGGAGCUACGAGCUGCCCCUGCUGGAGCAACAGCUAUACCGUUGGUCCAUAGAAGUCCUCUGCUGCAUCAUGUUCGGCAGCAGCAUCCUCACCUGCCCCAAGAUCCAGGCCGCCCUGGACUACUUCACACAGAUUGUGCACAAGGUUUUCGAGCAUAGCUCGCGGCUGAUGACAUUCCCGCCCAGAUUGGCCCAGAUGUUGCGCCUGCGCGUCUGGAGCGAAUUCGAGGCGAAUGUGGAUGAGGUGCUGCGCGAGGGAGCUGGCAUCAUCGACUACUGCAUUGGAGUGCAAGAGGAGCUUAGACAUCCUCAUGACGAGGCGCUUUACCAUCGUCUGCAGGCGGCGGAGGUUCCAGCCGAGAUGAUCAAGCGGAUAUUUGUCGACUUGGUCAUAGCAGCAGGUGACACGACCGCCUUCAGCAGCCAAUGGGCUUUGUUUGCCCUUUCCAAGGAGCCGCGACUGCAGAAGCGCCUGGCGAAGGAACGAGCCACUAAUGAUUCUCGCCUGCUUCAUGGCUUGAUCAAGGAAUCCCUGCGUCUUUACCCUGUGGCUCCCUUCAUCGGUCGCUACCUGCCUCAGGAUGCGCAAUUGGGAGGUCACUUUAUCGAAAAAGAUACGAUGGUGCUGCUCUCCCUGUACACGGCAGGUCGCGAUCCAUCACACUUCGAGCAGCCGGAGCGAGUGCUGCCGGAGCGUUGGUGCAUCGGCCAGUCGGAGCAGGUGCAUCAGUCGCACGGCAGCCUGCCCUUCGCCAUCGGCCAGCGGUCUUGCAUCGGCCGCCGUGUGGCACUCAAGCAGCUCCACUCCCUGCUUGGCCGCUGCGCUUCCCAGUUCGAGAUGAGCUGCCUCAACGAGAGGCCCGUCGACAGCGUACUCCGCAUGGUCACCGUGCCCGACCAGAUCUUGCGGUUGGCCCUCCGGCCGAGAACCGAGUGAUACAGUCAUACACGCAUUAACAUAAUCAUAAUACUAACAGUAAUGGUAAUCAUAAUCGUAGUUUCUUUAGUUUUAUACAAAUAUAUAAAUUUCACACCUUUAGUAAUCUAUCUAGUAAAAAACUUCAAAUUAA